GCAAAAGGAAACAGGAAGAAGACAAAAGCAGUCAGUGAGCAGCAGCAGAGUUGACAGCCGACUGAAUAAACAUACUGAUGGUGGAUACGGAGGAACCACACAGGGAGGCAUGGCCAGUGCUGCCUCCUGUUUGCACUCGAGCUGCUGCUUCUCACUGGAAGCACAGCUGACCUCCCUACCCCAUUACCCCCGCCUUGCUACCACCUCUUCCUGCCGAAGACAUGGAAGAGGUCACCAAGGUUGCAGAAGCCACAGUGGCCCUGCAACCUCUCCUGGAACGCAAGGUUCGCCAGCGCCAGCCUGCAGUUUCAGUCUUCAAAUCCAAGCUGAAGAAGGGUGCGACCUGCUCUGCGCCCCGAGUUCGAUCGACUCUGACUGGGUUCUUCCCUGUGGUGCGCUGGCUGCCUAAAUACAAGCUUCGCGAGUAUGUCUGGGGUGAUGUGAUGUCUGGGCUGAUCAUCGGUAUCAUUUUGGUGCCUCAGGCCAUUGCAUAUUGCUUGCUAGCAGGAGUGGCGCCUAUCUAUGGUUUAUAUACAUCAUUUUAUGCCAACAUCAUCUACUUCCUAAUGGGCACAUCCAGACAUGUUUCUGUAGGGAUCUUCAGCCUCAUGAGCCUCAUGGUGGGACAGGUGGUGUAUAAGGAGCUGUUCCUGGCAGGUUUUGAUCUAAAUGAAGACUCCAAAGUGUCUGGUCCUGGUGUGUUUAAUGUCACACUGGGCACUAACCUUACAGAUGCUAAUCGUCACAGUGUGGAUCUCAUGGGUGUGCAGUGUGAGAAGGAAUGCUACGCCAUCGCCAUUGCUUCUGCCCUUACAUUCCUGGCUGGCAUCUACCAGGUCAUGAUGGCUAUAUUCCGCCUUGGCUUCGUCUCUGUGUACCUCUCAGCUCCUAUGCUUGAUGGUUUCGCAACAGGAGCCUCUUUUACCAUCUUGACCGUGCAGGCUAAAUACCUGCUGGGUCUGAAGAUUCCCCGUCACCAGGGAUACGGAACAGUUGUUGUCACCUGGAUCAACAUCUUUACCAACAUUCAUAAGACCAACCUGUGUGACCUCAUCACUAGCGCUAUCUGUAUUUCUGUACUGGUGGCAGGGAAGGAAAUCCAGGAGCGCUUCAAGAACCGUCUAAAGAUCCCUCUGCCAACUGAGCUGGUAGUGGUGGCAGGAGCCACACUUGCUAGCCACUUUGGGGACCUAAACAGUCGUUACAGCUCCAGUGUUUCUGGUCACAUACCCACAGGGUUCAUUCCUCCCCAGGUGCCAAGCUUUAGCUUGAUGCCACGGGUGGCGCUGGAUGCCAUUCCUCUAGCUGUCAUUAGUUUUGCCUUCACAGUGUCGCUGUCCGAGAUGUUCGCUAAGAAAAAUGGCUACACAGUUCGUCCCAACCAAGAGAUGCUGGCCAUCGGUUUCUGUAACAUCAUUCCCUCCUUCUUUCACUGCUUCACCACCAGUGCAGCAUUGGCAAAAACUAUGGUGAAGGACUCAACAGGCUGCCAAACACAGAUAUCAAGUCUGAUCAGCGCCCUGGUAGUCCUUCUUGUCCUCCUCUUCUUUGCGCCUUUCUUUUACGCCCUCCAAAAGUGUGUUCUUGCCUGUAUUAUUAUUGUAAGCCUUCGGGGGGCGCUAAGGAAGUUCAAAGAUGUCCCGUCUAAGUGGCGUGCCAGUAAGAACGAUGCCAUCGUUUGGCUGGUUGCAAUGUCCGCCACAGCUCUGAUCAGCGUGGAGAUGGGCCUCCUUGUUGGAGUAGUUUUUUCAAUGUGCUCUGUCAUCUACAAGACCCAGAACCCAAAGGUGUCUCUUCUUGGCCGGGCUAGUGAUACAGAUCUUUAUGAGGACAUGGAUGAAUACAAGGACCUUCUACCACCACCUCGGGUUCAUGUUUUCCGCUUCCAGGCUCCACUGUACUACGCCAACAAAGACUCCUUCCUUAAAUCUCUCUACAAAGCUGUGGGAGUUGAGCCUUUCUUGGAGAUGACUAAAAGGAAAAAGGCAGAGAAGAAGGCCAAAGCGGUGUCCUUGAAGCAGGCCAAGGCAAAUGGGGAUACAAACAAUGGGGAGGUCAUUGUAGGACUCGUUCAAAGAGAGCUUGAAUUCCACACAAUAGUGUUAGACUGCUCUGCCAUUCCAUUCAUAGACUCUACAGGCCUGGGCACAUUUAAAACGCUGGUUAAGGAAUAUAAAGAGAUCGGGGUGAGUGUACUUCUAGCAAACUGUAACACCCCAUUCACUGAUACCCUGCAGAAGGGACAGUUUUUUGGGACGAAAGAUGAAGACAUGAGCAGGCUGCUAUUUCAUACAGUUCACGCUGCUGUUCUUCAUGCUAAAAGUAUGUUUGCAGCAGCAGAAAGCAGGUCAGACGACUCUGUAGUGUAGAGCCACUGGGGGAUAAAAGGGAAUAGAGAAAAUGUCCAGAUGUAUUCCAUUUAUCCUUCUCCUCUAACUUGUAUGUGUACAAAUAAGUCAUGUUGUCAAUUUUAUAUUUCCAUCCAUCACAAAACUGUAUUAGGUAGUUUUGAAGCUGCCUUGUUUAGAAAGCUGUUCAAGAAACCUUGGGGGUACCAAAUGGUUGUUUUUUGAUACUUUGAAUCCUUAAAAACUGAACCAGAUGACAAGUGACACAUGAUCUGCACAGUGAGUGUUCUGAGGAGUGGUGUUCCUCAGUUCCUGGUGUUUUUUGAUGUCACACUCAGUAAACAUUUUUUUAAAUGGUGCUUAAUGAUUGGAGGAAACAGAGAAAAAUAUUUGAAUUUCUAUUGCUUGAAAAUAUUAUAAGCUACAAUAUGCUACAACAAUAUAGUGCCUUGAAAGUACCCUCAAAGUGUUGUAUUUCCAAACCAGUUCAAACCUCCUGGUGAGGUUACUUUGUGUGAUCUCUUUCACUGCUUCGUCCUCAAAUCACUGGCACCAACAUGGAUCAUGUCGUUACUAAAGAUAAGGGUGUUGUUUGCAUUUGUUCUCUGAUGAUCUCCAUUCAAUAAGAGCACUGUACCAUCAGAAUUCCUGUUUAAAGUUCUGGCUAGGGUAGAACAAUUACACUAGCCAACAGGCUCAAAAACCAGCAUGCUGCUGACCUGAACAGAUUUCUAGCUCUUGCAAGCUUCCCAAGAUCACUGAAGAGGUAUACGCUCUGUAUCAUCUGCAGAAGAGGCUAGGGCUACUAGUUACAGAUGCACUAUCAGGUCUGUGACAUUUACAGCAAUGUUAGAAGCAAUGUUAGAAUUGACGCGUUCUAACUGUCAGACGUGUUUUGAGAUGGGACCCUAUUAUCAAAGUCGAAAUAAUUCAGCCACAAAACUAACAGAAUACGUUUAGCUCACUCGAGGUAAGCUAGCAGGUUAGGCUCGAGUUGUUGGCAGUACCUAACCAGAGGUUAAGCUAGCAGGCAAGGCUAGAGUUGUUGCGAGUACCAAACCAGAGGUUAAGCUAGCAGGCUAGGCUAGAGUUGUUGGGAGAGCCAAACCAGAGGUUAAGCUAGCAGGCUAGGCUAGAGUUGUUGGGAGUACCAAACCAGAGGUUAAGCUAGCAGGCUAGGCUAGAGUUGUUGGGAGUACCUAACCAGAGGUUAAGCUAGCAGGCAAGGCUAGAGUUGUUGCGAGUACCAAACCAGAGGUUAAGCUAGCAGGCUAGGCUAGAGUUGUUGGGAGUACCAAACCAGAGGUUAAGCUAGCAGGCUAGGCUAGAGUUGUUGGGAGUACCUAACCAGAGGUUAAGCUAGCAGGCAAGGCUAGAGUUGUUGCGAGUACCAAACCAGAGGUUAAGCUAGCAGGCUAGGCUAGAGUUGUUGGGAGUACCAAACCAGAGGUUAAGCUAGCAGGCUAGGCUAGAGUUGUUGGGAGUACCUAACCAGAGGUUAAGCUAGCAGGCAAGGCUAGAGUUGUUGCGAGUACCAAACCAGAGGUUAAGCUAGCAGGCUAGGCUAGAGUUGUUGGGAGUACCAAACCAGAGGUUAAGCUAGCAGGCUAGGCUAGAGUUGUUGGGAGUACCUAACCAGAGGUUAAGCUAGCAGGCAAGGCUAGAGUUGUUGCGAGUACCAAACCAGAGGUUAAGCUAGCAGGCUAGGCUAGAGUUGUUGGGAGUACCAAACCAGAGGUUAAGCUAGCAGGCUAGGCUAGAGUUGUUGGGAGUACCUAACCAGAGGUUAAGCUAGCAGGCAAGGCUAGAGUUGUUGCUAGCCUUGCCUGCAAUAAUUCACUGGCAGGGUAAAAAUAAAUAAUAGUACAAUAUAGACUCAGCAUAGAAAGAAGAUAUUUGAAGCUAUGUAGAAGAAUAAAGAUGUGAGAAAAACAAUAAAAACUGAAGAUGUCACAGGAAGACGGCAGUGGCCUUUAAAAUGAACAAACAAAGAUACAUUAAAAAAAAAACAUAUUAAUAACUGAGCAGCAAAUAUUAGAAAGUGGAAAAAAUGACACAUUUCUUGUUGGAAAAGCUUUUGUUUAAACUGGUGUGUAUUAUCUACAAAUGUCAUUCAACACGAUGGCCAUAUCAGCAUAUGUAUAGCUUGAUUGUUGGAGGUAUGCUGAUUGGCUUUUUAAUCUGUAAAAGAUUGACAGUUUUGUUCAGUUAUGCCCACUCUGGAAGUGGGCAAGGUGGAGGGAAAGACCAGGAAAUGAAAAAUGGAACACACUCCUGGUUUAUUACUUUACAGAGAAUAUGUGGUAUAUUUAAUGCCAAUGCUAAGACUCACUGAGCUUUAGUGUCAGAGGCCUUUUCAAAGGACUACAAAUGACAUCACUGAUAAAAGUGAAUACUUCUUUUAACACAGCAAGCACUGUAGAAUAUAUUUCAUCUAUAGGUCUACAUAAUUGCUUCGCUAGUGGUCACAACUGUGUGUUCUUCAAUUUUCAAGCAACCUAAUAUUUGUUUUUAGAUAAAACACGUCAUGACAUCAAAACCGAGAACAAUAGAGGUUGUUUUAACAUUUUACAUUGCUUUAGCCUUAGCCCAAUUCUUGUAUGGCUCUUUUCUAGGAGUUCAGAUAUUUUCAUUGGAGAUUCUGCCUCCAUUAACUUAGACCUCAAUAUUUUUUUUGUAGCAGGCCAGUUAAAUUCUUGCUAACUUGAUGAAGACACCAACAUUUGUGGUGGUGAAAGAAGGUUAGUGUAACUAACAUGGACUGAUAUCUUAUCAUAGAGACAGCCUUGACCUCAAACUACUGUGGCAUGCUUGUAAGCCUCCUUUCCACUAUUCACUGUUGGCUAGUAAGGUCAGCUAUCGUCAGUAAAACUAAUAUUAAUCUCAUCUCAGGAGCUGGAUGAAAUCACUUCAUAUAGUUCUCUAAACUGUAAACUAUAUUUGUGUAAAUUGAUGGCAGCAGGUGAUGCCACAUGUUUUAUCUACUUGUGUCACUAACACUGAUUUGUUAAAGCUGUUCUGUUACUUGCAAUUUCAGAGCAGGUUUGGUCUCUGAUGAAUCGACUUAUUAUUGUUAUUGUUAAUUUUUUUGGUAUUGUAUUUGUCUUUUUGUUACGUGCCAACAAAACUCAAAUUUCUUGAACGUAUUCUAACUUUAGGACAUUCCAAAAUAAAGCUGUUUUUACUUUUAUUUAACAUGGUCGUGUUAAAAGACAAGUAUUGAUGGACUGGCAUUGUAAUGAGAUGUAGACAUUCUUGUAAAUUUAUGGAAAAAAGUAUUUUCAUACAUUUAUUCUUUGGAUUUAUUAAAUUCAACCAAAUAAUGAUAGUGGUUACAUCAAGCUUUUCAAAGGUCUGCUUGAAUUUGUUUGGAUGUAUGAAGAUUUUUUUCUACCUACUCUGCCUUUAAUGCUCAGUACUUUAAUUAAACUGACAAGUUUUU